CGGGACUUCCGGCGCGCGGAUGCAGGUGGCGCCGCGGGUCGUGUGCGCCCUGUCGGGCGGCGUGGACAGCGCCGUGGCCGCGCUGCUGCUCAAGCGCAGAGGCUACCAGGUGACCGGCGUGUUCAUGAAGAACUGGGACGCGCUGGACGAGCACGGCGUGUGCGCGGCCGACCGUGACUGCGAGGACGCGUACCGCGUGUGCCAGGUGCUGGACAUGCCCUUCCACCAGGUGUCCUACGUGAAGGAGUACUGGAACGACGUCUUCAGUGACUUCCUGAACGAGUACGAGAAGGGGAGGACCCCGAACCCCGACAUCAUCUGCAACAAGCACAUCAAGUUCCGCUGCUUCUUCCACUACGCGCUGGACAGCCUGGGCGCGGACGCCGUGGCCACGGGCCACUACGCGCGGACGUCGCUGGAGGACGCCGAGGUCUUCCAGCAGAAGCACGUGCGGAGGCCCAGGGGCCUCUUCAGGAACCGGUUCGAGGUGCGGAAUGCCGUGAAGCUCCUGCAGGCGGCCGACGGCGUCAAGGACCAGACGUUCUUCCUCAGCCAGGUGCCCCAGGACGCCCUGCGCAGGGCGCUCUUCCCCCUGGGCGGCCUCACCAAGGCCUUCGUCAAGAAGAUCGCCGCCGAGAACGGGCUGCAGCACGUGCUUCAGAAGAAAGAGAGCAUGGGCAUCUGCUUCGUGGGCAAGAGGAACUUUGAGAACUUCAUCCUGCAGUACCUGCAGCCGCGGCCCGGGAGGUUCAUCUCCGUGGAGGACGGCGCGGUCCUGGGCACGCACAAAGGCUGGUUCCUGUACACGCUGGGCCAGCGCGCCAAACUGGGCGGCCUGCGCGAGCCCUGGUACGUGGUGGACAAGGACGGCGCCACGGGCGACGUGGUGGUGGCCCCGCGCACGGACCACCCGGCCCUGUACCGGGACCUGCUGCGCACGGGCCGCGUGCACUGGAUCGCCGACGAGCCCCCCGCCCCGCUGGUCCGCGACAAGAUGAUGGAGUGUCACUUCCGAUUCCGCCACCAGAUGGCGCUGGUGCCCUGCGUGCUGACGCUCAACCAGGACGGCACCGUGUGGGUGACGGCGGUGAAGCCCGUGCGGGCCCUGGCCCUGGGGCAGUUCGCCGUCUUCUACAAGGGGGACGAGUGUCUGGGCAGCGGCAAGAUCGUGCGCCUGGGACCCUCGGCCUACACGCUGCAGAAGGGCCUGCGCCAGGCCAGGGCGGCCACGGACGGCUCCAGCGAGGACCCCCCUGGCGGCCCGCGCCCCCCACCCUGAUGGGCAGGACCGGAGGGCCGCCCCGCCCGGGCACUGGGUCGGCCGGG